AUGGCAUCGCUAGUAUCACCCACGCGGCACAUCGCCAGGGUAUUCGCUCCAACCAGCCGACUCACCCAGCGACGAUGGGCUCAGGUUCACGACAUUCGCUUCCUGGCUACCCAUCAGAAGCCUGACCAGAGAGUCCUCGACAAGUACAAGGCCAAGCUCGAGCAAAAGGCCAAGCAGGAGGGCCACGGCGAUGUCGACAAGCUCAAGUCGGCCUACAAGGACAAGAUUGUCGAGCUCCGACAGCAGGCCAUCGUCCCUGGCGCCAACGCCCCUCUGCACACUUCUGUAGACGCUCCCACCACACCUAAUGCUCCAUUCCAACCUCCUCCGCCACCUCAACCUCAGUCGCAACAACAGCAGUCGCCCAAGUCAUCCGCAUCCGCCGAAGAGAAGGCCGGCAUCAAGACCCUAGCAUCUUUUAUCGACGUGGCAAAGACAAAAGAGCUGCCUCAGAAGGAGAUUGAAUACAUCUGGAGGCUGCGUCACGCUAGCUCUCCCAGCUCCUUGUGUGCUGUCGUGCCCACUCCCAUCUACCACCACAUUGCCGGCACUGCUCGUAAACAUCCUCAAUUUGUUCUGCCUCUGCCCAAGGAGGGUCAAGGUGCCGAGAUCCAUUUCUUGCAGUGGACUUUCCCCUCGCCCACCACAUGCACCGUGCUCUUCACUGCUCUGGCCGAGUUCAAGCUCAAGGGCGAGUUUGCUCAGCCCCACACCACCGUCACCCACCAUCUGGAUCUGGCCGACGACAAGGGCCUCGUUCUGCUCGAGGGCACCGUCAUCGAGGACAAACAGAUCACCGUCGAGGAGGCCAAAUGGCUGUUGAUGUGUCUACAAAAAUUCUACGGAAAGGCUGCCGAGCAGAGUCCUCGAAGGAAGCUGAUGGAGCAGUUCAGCCAGGGAGACAGCAGCUUCAAGAUCGAAGAGCUCCUAGAGGAGGCCGAAAAAUUCUAG